AUUAAGUCGUGAACUCAUACCUCACGCUAGGUAAAUGAAUGAAUGAAUAACGCCAGGCACAUCAAUCAUAAUCAAUCAAUCAAUCAUGAAUGACGCCAGACACAUCAAUCAAUCAAUCAAUCAAUGAUCAUUCAUCAAUUAAGGGUAGGGUAAAGGUGCUUUUGUUCCCGCUUUUUAUGCCUUUCCUAAGGGAGAAAGGCAGAAAAAGCGGGGUCCACGAGCACCAAGACCCUAGCUCUAAAUCAAGUUGAAUUUUGUAUAUUGCUAGAUCCUGAUCCAUCCAAAAAUUUCAUAACUACAUUCUCUUUCUUUUUUCAUUCACCAAGAUAACGCGCCGACGACGUCUCUUGAAGUAGAUGCAGCUUCUGUGAUAUGCGUGGGUGCGCUUACCGCUUGGUGCGAGGUUCUUCAUGUGGUGUUACAAGACGGAAAAAAAAGGGAGUUUUGCAACGCUGAUCAAAUGGUCAGUUUGAAAAGACAGGUCUUAUUGCAUAAGCCCUAUCUUCAUUGAUGAAGGAUCCCUAACCCAACCUAAUUCCGACCUAUCUUCCUAUGUUUGUUAUGUAUUUAGCGCAAAAUUUUCAUUUUGUUUUUUUAUUUAAUUACAUACCAACAUGACCACCCGAGGUAAAAAAAAAAGACUGGCUGGAAGAGGCAGUAAGACUCAUUACUCCCAGCUUUGCUGCUGAUGAUCCUACCACUCGCAGCCUCAGUGAGCAAUGCGGUAUUUCUCAAGACGAGGCUAUCGAAGAGGUAAUGAUACGGCCGAGGCCCGAUGCGGCGUCAACAAUGCAACAACAAGCGGAAGCGGAGGCACGAUGGGCAGAAGACAUGCUACAGCUAGCCAGAGAGCAACUACUUAAUGAUCCUGAAAUGAUGAAAAUGUGGGUUAAGAAGUCACCGUAGACUAGUUGAACAUGUCAAUUAGUAGUAACUAGUUUAAAAACAUGUCAAUCACUCCAUGCCAUGCACGCCGCCAGAAGUUAUAAAUUUUUCUGGUAUAAUUAAGAUGAAGAUCAAGAUUGACAUUGAAUAUAUUUCAAAAGAUGAUCAAUCUUCUAUCUCGACUUCAAAAACGAGAAUAAUCUGCCUGGGCGGAAUCUCUAUUCGGAGUCUCUGUGUCUAAAUAAGAACAGUACAUCCAUGAGCAGCAUAUUGGUGAGAAGUGAGCACGAUGUUACAUCAAAUGUCUAUUUGAUUUUUCGUCCUCUCCUAUCAUGCAUGAUAAACAUAAAGUGAUCAACAUUCGGAGUAUUUGAGGUGAUUGAGCAGUUGUGGCG